GUCAGGCGGCAGCGAGCAUUUUACGUGGGGGUCCACCUAGCCGCGCGCCUAGUUUAGUAGCCUAUUUGUGCGCGUUCAAAAGGCCAAAAGCUGCAGCCGAUGAACGCUUGAGCUUCUAGCCAUAGCCGUCGGCAAGGCUGGGGCCCGUCGCAGAUUGGCGAGGCUGCUUACACGUUGCAGCCAUUUGCCCAUGAGCUGGAGCGGGAUUAGGCUCGGGGGGCUGCCUUGGUUCUAUGUUGGGCCCUUGGGUGUUCGAUUCUCAGGCCCUCGUGUCAGAGCACAUAUUAACAGGACCUCUGCAGCGGUAUCGCCAUGGCACUUUGGAUGAAAUUGGCGGUCAGGUUGUACUGCUGAAGCUUUGCGUCUCCAACGCCCUAGCGGGAAGCAUCAUCGGCCGCGGUGGCCACAAUCGCGACCAGUUGCAGCUCAUUUCUGGUGGUGCGCGCAUUCAAUUAUCAAGACCUAAUGAGCUGUACCCUGGAACACCGGAUAGGGUGCUUGUGCUGACCGGCACCCUUGGCUCUUGCAUAACGGCCCUCUUCGCUAUUUCGGGCUGCUUGGGCAUGCCUGGGCCGCUUCCGUUGGAGGCAGUUUUUAUGGGCGUGAACACCCAAUGGAAAUUGGUUCUUCCUUCAAGCGUUUGUGGAUACGUUCUUGGAGCGGGUGGGCGGACGGUCCGAGCAAUCACUUCGCAGGCCGACGCCAAUAUUAGCAUCUCUGCGGAGCCGGACAGGGAUGCUGAGGUGCCCAGGGAGCGUAUUGCUACCAUUUCUGGAGGGAGCUUGCAGACGCUUCGGGCGAUGGGCCUAAUCGUGGAUAAGUUGCUCACGCGGCCUUUGAUGGAGCCAGGGGAGGCCCCCUUCGAGGGUCAAUUCCCGAGCAGCCGCAUGGCGCUCCUGGCUCGCACCGGGCUCCUCCGCGACCCACCGGGCUUGUUGCAGCAGCACAUGGCGCCGCACCUGCUGCAACAACAACAGCAGUUGCAACAGCAGGCAGCCACGCUUGCGCCAGCGGCCGGUCAGCCCAUCUACGCCCAGUCCGCGGCCGCGCGGGGCUCGGCCUUCGUCUACUUUCCUCUCCAGCAGCUCUCAGCUGGCCCAGCACCGGUCGUGCCCUUGGCGGCGGCUAUGAGCAUGCCGCACGCGCCUUUGACCGUGCCGAUGGCUGCCCCCGCUCCGGCUGCCAGUACCCUGCAUGCACUGCCUAGUCUGUCCAACAUGGCUCUGACGGCCGCUAUGGCGCCGCCUGCUCUUGCUGCCGCUGCGCCGCUGCCGGCCACCUCGGCGGGAGGCUCGCUGGCGGCUGGGCAGCCCGCUGGAGGCCCGGCAUCGCAGGCGGGUGUGCUGGGGCCGCGCUUGGAGGUCGGCAUCGAGGUGCCGGAGAACCGCAUCGGGCUGCUCAUAGGUCGUGGCGGUGAAACCCUGUACCAAAUGCAGCGCCUGAUGAGCGUGAGUAUCCACAUUGCUCGCCGACAGGCGCCCCAGGCGGACGAGGCAGUGGCGCCGGCGCCCAUGCGGCGUGUUACCAUCUCGGGUGCCCGGGACGCGGUCAACAUGGCGCAUGCGUUCAUCCUCCAGCGGCUGAGCGGUGGGUCGGGGCAGCGAUCGGCCGGCGGCGCGGAGGGCGCGUUGCGGCACUAGGGUAAAGUGUUGCAUACGGGUAUCAGCCCAGCCUUGCCCGCCCGGCCCAGCCCGGGCCCGGGCCCCUUAGGAUGGCUUCCCCCAUAACAGCUUUUAUGAUCAUGAAUACGUAGCCGGGGCGGACGGAACGGAGGUGUGUGCUCAUUGUAUGUGUUUGUCAUCAUGGUCAAGGACUACUCGUCCCGACAACGGGCGGUGUUGCUCAGUCGCUAGGUGCGUCGGGCCAUCUUGUUCUCUUAUCCAUUCCGAACGCCGUCAUUUACGUAUGCCGUCAUGUGUCUUGUGGUCAUGCUUCUGGGGGGGCGCUCGUCUUAGCACACACGAUAGGAGGUUCCUUAAUACAUGUCGGUCCCUUCCGGAGCCAAUAAGUAACGAUGACCAAUGAUAAAGGGAGAAGCCGGUCAGGAUCGGUUCUAGAGAUAUGUGCUUAUCUGCGACUGGGCAUUUGAAAUCGGGGCAUGUAUGAAACAAUGCUAUCUUUGGUUUACGCUGGUUCCUGCGCCACUUGGCGUUGUGUCCUCGCCAAACUGCGAUAGCAUUAUCAAUUUCAGCUUUGCUUGUACGAGAGAUGAGUUGUUUAUAGUGUUUGGGGGGUUCAUGAGUGGGACCGUUUGUUACGGGCAAUUUUCGGGGCACGACAUUUUAGCAACUACUCACAGGCAUGAAGGGGCUUUAAUCCACUCUCACUGUCAUCAGAAACCCGCCAUCACUUUCGGGAUGUGGGGCAUGUGUGAUGUGCACCCUGUGUGUCCACGUCGUUUAAAACGCUCGCGGGCUGCGCGCGUGCAUCCAAGUGGCUAGCGAUGUUUGGUGGGUCCGGAUGAUUUUUUCCGGUUGAGUUGGCGCGGGUUUGCGUGGCUGCGGCUACAGGGGGACACCAUGCAUGGCGGGUGCUGUCGAGAUUGAAGAGAGUUGAGAGCAUUCUAAGAAAUCUGUUUGGCUCUUGGUAAGUCAGGGCUGUUGUUGCGCUCGCCUGUACGGUGCAAGCUGGCGUGAGAGGGGGUCUUGCUGUGUUGAUGCUGGUUGGUUUGUUUGACAAGACCCGAAUCGCGAAUUGGGGCGGAUCCACAUACUGCACUGUUCAUUAUGAUCACAUCAUGUUACUGAAUGCGGGAGUACCCGGCAUGCUUUAUUUCGACACAUUCCAUUAUUUUGUCUUGUGCUCCACAUCUUAUUAUUGGUAUGAAAGCUGACGCUCGUGGAAUCCUGCAACUCGGAUUCCGGAUUGCAGCGCAUGCGCGGGCGUUACGGCUUUCAUUCCAUGUCUGCGCGUUAGUGCCCCGUGCACGGCUCUGUGAAGUGAAGUGCCACCCGCUGUGUCGUUUGUUGUACAUCAUACAUCGUAAACGCAUUCAGCAGGCUACAUAGAAAUCACCCUAUGUGGUUGCGUAUCCCAGUUGCUGUUGGUUGUGUCGCUCCCCAGGUUGGUAACCAUUUAUUGCUGCUACUGUUACUGCUGCUAUUAGGUGUAUAAACGGUUUCAAGAGCCGACGACUAGGUCUGGCUGGUCGUGUGGUUGGUUACCUCUGGCUUGGUUGGUUAGUGGUGGUCUGGUCUCCCCAGGAGGAAAAGCAGGUGCAGUUUGGCUGUGAGAUUGAGCAGGUUAGGUAUCUUAUGAAUGUGUCGGCGAACAUUGUGGGGCUUUGGUCGCACCAAUUGGAGCCGACACUGUCUUAAAACAAGCUAACACCUUUUUUUACAUUUAACAUGAAGCGUUGUAGGACAAUCGCUUCCAUGGAUUUGUCUCGUUGGAUUCUGCCUGGUAGCCCUAGAUUGGGCCCCUUCUGAGCUUAAUCGUCACGUCGUUACAUACGUCCGCUUUCAAUGUAACAUCACCUCACUACAA